UUGUUGUCCUCUGUUGCCAGCGAGCCAAGUAUUCCGGAAACAUUUGCCGGUGCAGAUGUGUUCAUCACAGGAGGUUCCGGUUUCUUGGGGAAAGUGUUAAUCGAAAAGCUUCUCAGGUCCUGCCCGGAUAUUGGACACGUGUUUGUACUGUUGAGACAACGAAAGGGAAAAUCGGCGGAGGAACGAGUGAAAGAGAUUGUGCAAAUUCCGCUGUUUGACAAGUUACGGGAACUUCGUCCAAAUGAUAUCCAGAAAAUAGAACCGAUAAGUGGUGAUUGUUCAUUACUGCAGCUUGGCUUAGACGACGAAAGCCGAAAACGAAUCGAAAAUGUACAGUUUGUGUUUCACGGUGCGGCUAGUGUCCGAUUCGACGAUACACUCACCAAAGCAAUCCUGUUGAAUACUCGUGGAACGCGAGAAGUUUUCCACUGGGCGAAAAGCUUGAAACAUCUGAAAUCCCUGGUGCACAUCUCCACAACCUAUUGCAAUCCGGAGAUUUUCGAUGUCGAAGAAAAAAUCUACCCGGCCAAAAUGGAUUGGCGAUUGGCAAUCCGAAUGGCUGAAACAUUAGAAUCAGAAAAAUUAGAUGCAUUGGUUUUGAAGUUAACAAACUUUGCUCCCAAUACGUACACGUUCACUAAGGGCCUGGCAGAGCAAAUUUGCUACGAUCACCAUCGGGAGUUGCCAGUGGUGAUUUUACGACCGUCGAUCGUCACCAACACGGAACAGGAACCCGUUGCCGGUUGGAUUGACAACUUCAACGGUCCAGUUGGCUUGAUGUUAGGUAUGGGGAUUGGACUUUUACGAACGGCUUACGUUCGUGUAGAAAACCACAUGAACUGCAUUCCGGCGGAUGCUUGCAUCAAGGCUAUUCUAAUUGCCGCUUGGAGAAAAGUCAAUAAUCCACCAGGACAGUUGACCAUUUACAACUGUGCAGCGGAACCGCACAAAACUGCCAAUUAUAAGUUUCUGGUUGACGACGGAGAAAGUGUUUAUCGCAACUCACCGAUGAAUACGAUGGUUUGGGCCCCCGGAGGAAAUCCGGUAAAUUCUCGUUUCUUGUUUUAUAUUCUAUUUUUUUUCUACCAACUACUGCCAGCUGUUUUCAUCGACCUGUUGAUGAAAGGUUUCGGUACAAAACCGCUAUUGUUAAAAAUACAGCGUAAAAUAAUGGACGCUCAUGUUUCACUGAACUACUUCAUGCAAAAUGAUUGGACAUUCGCUACGAAGCACUUCCGCGGGCUUUCGACUGCUUUAUUGGAGAAAGACAGAGAGAGUUUCAACACUGACUACAUCCGUAACGGCCUGUUCGAUUACUACCAAACCUGUCUCUUGGGUAGCCGAAGAUACAUGUUCAACGAGCCGGAUGAUACAAUUCCAGCUGCGAAAAGAAAGCUUCAACGUUACAUAAUAUUUCAUGCAAUAUUGAAACUUUCAUUAUGCUGCAUGGUAGGAUAUCUCUUAUGGAAUAAAUAUAGCAAUAAAUUUAUUCGACUGUGA